GUCAAGUGUGAAAUCCACUGAGCUAAGCUACCUCGUCAAUUUCUUCUGCUCUCACUCUCACCAAUUCAAUCCACAUUUUUCAUACACGUGUUGCUGUGGAGACGGAAUUUCAGUAUGGACGGAGGUGAUGCUACUAAAACAGUCAAAGAUGAUUCCGGCAACAUCGCCGGCGGUGGUGAAACGGUCACCAUCAACAUCCGAUGUGUCAACGAGUCCAAAUUAUCUGUUCAAGUCAGCCUCAAUUCCACUGUCGGAUCAUUCAAGUCCAUCCUUUCCCAGUCGGCUGAUAUCCCUGCUGAGCAGCAGAGAGUGAUCUAUAAUGGCCAAAUCUUAAAGGAUGAUCAAACCCUAAAAAGCUAUGGUCUGGAGGCAGACCACACAGUUCAUCUUGUUCGAGGUUUUGCCGCAGCUGCUUCUGCUAGUGCAACCAAUGUUGUAAAUCCAAAUGCUAAUCAGGAUGCUCCCAGGGUUGCUGUUCCCACUACAAGGGGGCUGUUUGUCAGAGCCGGUGGAGCUCCACUCUUUUCUGGACUUGGAAGUAGAGGUGGUUUGUUUGGAGCUGGACUUCCAGAUUUUGAGCAGGUCCAGCAACAGCUAACUCAAAACUCCAACAUGAUGAGAGAGAUGAUGAAUAUGCCUCUAGUUCAGAAUCUAAUGAAUAACCCAGAAAUCAUCUGCAACUUGAUCAUGAACAAUCCUCAAAUGCGAGAGUUCAUGAAUCCUAAUCCCGAGCUCGCGUACAUAUUCAAUGACCCUGCUAUAUUGGAGGCUGCACGUAACCCUGAACUCAUGCAUGAGAUGAUAAAUAAUAUUGACUGGGCAUUGAGCAGCAUUGAAUCGCCUCCUGAUGAAUUUAACAUGCACAUGUAUGAGAAUAUCCAAGAGCCAUUUUUGAUUGCAACAACCAUGGCUGGAGAUACAAGAAAUGAUUCAGGGACAAACUCGUCCGUGGCUCUUUGGGGAGCCCAGGAACAAGGCAGAAACCAGUCAACUAACCCUCCAGCUACUGGUUCUGACACAACUGCUAAUCCUCCUGCUCCAAACUCGAACCCACUUUCGAAUUCUUGGGCAGCAGCUGACAUUGGAGGUGCCCAAAUGAAUACCACUCCCAGAUCAAAUGCUGCUAGGAAUAUUUGGGAACCCCCUCUUGGUGGUUUGGAUGACUUACCAGAUUUGCAGCGAAUGCUAGGUGGCAUGCCUGAUGCCUCUUCUGAAAAUCAGUUAAUGGAGUACCCAGCCAUCUCUCAGAUAAUGCAGCACAUGAACGAGAUUAUGGGGCUCGACCCCAACUCUCAUCCCAGGGAUAUGAUGCCAAAUCCUGAAUUUAUUCGUCAGUUGACGUCCUCUGAGAGGAUGCAGGAAUAUCUGGUACAACAAGGGCUAUUUCCUCACCUUGAUCGGCCGCAAUCAAACCAAGAACAAGAACCGGAAGCUGUCCGAACAGAAUAUAGGAACCAGGCAAUGGAAGUGGUGAGGAACGUGGUUGAUAGUACUCUUGAGAGGGAAGGUUUGCGUGAACUCGGCAGAUUCAAUGUAGGCCCAGAGGAAUUAUAUGCAAUUCAGUUAAUCCAGUUCAUUACAAGACAUGGGCUUCUUUGACAGUGAAGAAGCACUUAUUGGAAUGUGCACGCACGCUGUCGUGGAGGAACUUGUAGAAGACAGUGGAGAGUAGUGUAUGUAUAUUCUCUUUGUAUGACUAUAUAGAUCCAGAUGAAAUUGUUGAUGUAGACACAAGAAAAGGAGAUUGGUGGAGGAACUACUUCUUCAGUUCAUUGUACAUACUAUGUUGAGUUAAAUAUCCCUUCAAAUUGUUCAUUAUAAUGUGA